CAUGGCGCUGCUGCUGCUGGUGCUGCUCCCCCUGCUGCUGCCCACAGUGGGUGGCCAGGCCGACUGCCCCAUUGACAGCGUGGUCAACCUCAAGAUGCAGGCGGCGCUUGCUGGGAAGUGCUGCGGCUCGGGGGAGCCAGCCGUUUACUCUGCUGAGCUGGUGUGUACAAACGUGGUUGACAAUGGAAGCCUGGCCUCCUGCCCCAACGGGUACAUAGCGACGGGCUGCUCCUGUGGCAUGGCCUGUGGCUCCUGGGACAUCCAUGCCAACUCUACCUGCCAGUGCCAGUGCCAGGGCAUAGACUGGACCAGCGCCCGCUGCUGCCGCAUCCAGCUGCAACGCACCUGAGCCUCCUCAGCCUGUAGCCGUGGCUCUAAAUAAACUUUGCUCUGGG